AUGGACAGCGACUACGUUGCCAGCCUGCUCAUGGGCUCAUCCGCCCCGGCGCUCGACUUCGCCGCGCUGGACACCGGGUUCCUCGACACGCUCUGCGGCGGCGCCAGCCUCUUCGGGGUGCCCGGGGUCGCCGCGGGGGCCUGUGGCAGCGGCGGCGGCGGGUCCCCGGAGGGGUCCUCGGUGUCCGACCCGGCGUGGGUGCGCGCCAGUGACGGCGGCAAUGCCAGGAAGCGCAAGGCGCCGCCCACGGGGUCCGCCGGCGGCAAGGAGGCCUGCUUGGGCAAGGCUGCGGAGGCCAAGGUUCCUGACGGGAAGAGGUGCAGAGUGGGCGCUAGCGACAGUCCGGUGAAGCCCGAGGUAGAGGAGGCGGCGGCGAUCGACGCAUCGGUUGAAGUCAAAGGGCAGAAGAAGGGUAAGGGGAAGAGCCCGAAGCCGGCAGUCGAACCGCCCAAAGACUACGUCCAUGUCCGGGCGCGGCGAGGUCAGGCGACUGACAGCCACAGCCUUGCGGAGAGGGUUAGAAGAGAGAAGAUUAGCCAGAGGAUGAAGUUUCUACAGGACCUAGUGCCAGGAUGCAACAAGGUGGUUGGCAAGGCACUCAUGAUCGAUGAGAUCAUAAACUAUGUGCAGUCGCUGCAGCAGCAAGUUGAGUUCCUGUCCAUGAAGCUUGCCACUGUGAACCCGCAACUUGAUUUCAGCAACCUGUCGACACUCCUACACAAAGAUAUGUACCAACCAUGUGGCCCUUCAGCAAAUUCGGUCUUUCCAUUGGAAAGUGCCGGUGCAGCUUUUCCAUUUUGUGACCAAGCGGAUCUUUUCCACAACUUUGGUUCGGGUGCUAUGGAGGAUCACUGCUCUCUAACUCUGUUAGACACGGCUCUACCCCACACGGCCAACCCACAGUUUGCUUUUCAAAAGCAGCAAAGGGACUUCUGGGAGGAUGGCCUACAGAAUGCUUUGCCUACCGGUAGUGAGCAAAGACAGGAGGAUGGGCUUUUAGUACCGAACUUUGAUGGUCAGUUACAAGCUGAUCAGGCAAAGAUUGAGUUCUAG